CCCCCUGACCCCCCCCGGGAGGAGCCGGGUGUUGGGGCACCGGGCAGAGGGUCCCCCCGACCCCCCCCGGGUGGGUUGUGUUGUCCUGCACCGCUGACACCCGGAGCAGAGGUGGUGACACAUCAUGUGCCAGGCGGAAUCCCGGUGGAUGAAGGAUGCCCCCGGGAGCUCUCGGUAGGCACCGAAGGCCUCAAACUUUUGUAGGCGAAAGCGAAGACGCGAGAAUUGUUUCAGAAAACUCCUUCAAGGAAACUUGGUUCCAGCUCCCCAACGGCUGAACCCCCCUCUCCGGCCCGUGCUCCCGGGAGGGCGGCGGGAACACACCUUCCCACCCCGGCUGGGAAUCAUGAGCUCCUAGGGAUGGAAAGUCACGAGAGGGACUGGGAGCUGCUCUGGUUCCACGGGGUGGCCUGACGGCCUGGAAAUGACCUAACUCUGCAGGAUCAAACUGGGCCCAGUCAAGGCCAAUUGACUGGGAAGAGCCCCCGGCAGUGGGACCGGGUCGGAAACAAAACGAGUCCCAAACUGAGUGUGUCCCGUCACAAAUUUAUGUUUUUUUUCAAAGACAUUCUGGAGCCAGGCCGGGAUCUUUUGGCAUCCAACUGACCUGGAAGCAGCUCUUAGGAGUAAAAGGGAGUGUUGGAAACUAACAAACAGGAUUAAAGCCCUGAGCGCUUAAGGAAAAAACAGGUUAAGGAACUUAAUCCAGGAUGGAUCUGCAGGAGCCCCAGCAGCUGGGAAUGUUUGCGGAGAGUGAGCUGAUGUCGGUGGGGAUGGACACGUUCAUCCACCGCAUCGACUCCACCGAGGUCAUUUACCAGCCCCGGCGCAAACGGGCCAAGCUCAUCGGCAAGUACCUCAUGGGAGACCUGCUGGGAGAGGGCUCCUACGGCAAAGUCAAGGAGAUGCUGGACUCAGAGACCCUGUGCAGGAGAGCUGUGAAGAUCCUGAAGAAGAAGAAGCUGCGCCGGAUUCCCAACGGGGAGGCCAAUGUGAAAAAGGAAAUCCAGCUCCUGCGGCGAUUACGGCACAAAAACGUCAUCCAGCUGGUGGAUGUGUUGUACAACGAGGAGAAGCAGAAAAUGUAUAUGGUGAUGGAGUACUGUGUGUGUGGGAUGCAGGAAAUGCUGGACAGUGUGCCAGAAAAGAGGUUUCCAGUGUUUCAGGCUCACGGGUACUUUUGUCAGCUUAUAGAUGGCUUAGAAUACUUGCACAGCCAAGGGAUUGUCCACAAGGAUAUAAAACCGGGGAACCUCCUGCUAACAACCAAUGGGACACUAAAAAUAUCCGAUUUAGGCGUAGCAGAGGCAUUGCAUCCAUUUGCAGAGGAUGACACGUGCAGGACGAGCCAAGGGUCGCCAGCAUUCCAGCCCCCAGAAAUUGCCAAUGGCCUUGACACCUUUUCAGGCUUUAAAGUCGACAUCUGGUCUGCGGGGGUGACGCUAUACAACAUCACAACGGGUCUGUACCCUUUUGAAGGGGAUAAUAUCUAUAAAUUAUUUGAAAACAUCGGGAAAGGCGACUACACAAUUCCAGAGGAUUGUGGUCCUCCACUCUCAGACUUAAUGAGAGGAAUGCUUGAAUACGACCCAGCCAAGAGGUUCUCAAUACAGCAGAUAAGGCAGCACAACUGGUUUAGGAAGAAACACGCUCAGGCAGAGGCGCUGGUGCCCAUCCCUCCCAGCCCCGAGACAAAGGACAGGUGGAGGAGCAUGACGGCGGUGCCUUACCUGGAAGAUCUGCAUGGCUACAAUGAGGAAGAGGAUGAUGACUUGUAUGACAUUGAAGAUGAUAUCAUCUACACUCAGGACUUCACAGUACCAGGACAGGUGCCUGAGGAGGAGGCCGGGCAGAACGGGCAGAGCCGCGGCAAGGGGCUGCCCAAGGCCGUGUGCAUGAACGGGACGGAGCCGGGGCAGCUGAGCACCAGGGCCAAGGGCGAGCGCCGGGCCAGCGCCUCCUCCAACCCCUCCCGCAAGGCCUGCUCCGCCAGCAGCAAGAUCCGCAAGCUCUCCACCUGCAAGCAGCAGUGAGCUCUGCCCAGCGUCCCCAGGCCAGCCUGCGUCCCCCUCCUCACCCCAGCUCUGCCUCU